CAGGAUUUGAAGCUCUUCAGCACAUUCCAUUCAUGCUCAAUAUAAAUAAAUACAAAAGUUUGGAAAGCUUGGACUGCAGCCAGGUUGCUUGGUUAACUGGACCCUUUGUGGAGUUUGAAGGGUGUUUUUAAAAAGAGGAAGGAAAGAGAUCAGUUUAAAAAUGUUGGCUCAGCCUUGGAGUAUUUCCUCCCAGAGCUCUGGCUAAACCUCCGCACAAAAGCCUGGACUAGGAGACUAUUUAACGGAGAAGGGACUCUGCAUUGCUCCUCUCCUCUUGGACUAGGAGAGAGAUCCCCAAACAGAGCUUGGAGGCUUUGAAACCAUGCUUUUCAUUUGGGCUUUGGCUUUUAUUUUAGUGCUUCAGGAGCAAGCUUUUUCAGCUACUGCAGAUCCUGUUAGCGUACCACCUGGAAGUUCAGGGAGGAGUGACUGGUGCAAUGAACACAACACAAUCCACAGGCACUUAGAUGCAAUUGAGGAGGUAGAGAAAACAGUCGAGUAUCUAGAGUCAGAAGUGAAGACAUUAUUGAAGGACAUCAGUGAAAUGGCAUGGAGUGCCCCAAUCGCUCUUGGAACCCCCCUUGUGGACAUUUUUGAUGAUUCCAGCUGAACACCAGGACAAUGGAAGAGAACAGAAUUUAAUAAUAUUCCAAAACAUGGCUGUCUUAGACAGUUGCACUUUGUUGCUUUAUUAAGCCUUGUAGGAUUUCUAGAGAUUGAAGAGGGAUGAAGAACACUGAGAAGUCAAUUACUUUGCAUUUGUGCUUUGUAAUAAAAAGAAUUGCUUUUCAGAUAUUGUUUUAAAGCUUUAUCUUACAAGCAACCCCACACUUGACAAAAAGUGCAUUUGGAGGGUGGGAUUUUCAAAGAUGCCUUGACAUCAGCAGUUAUGAAAAUUUCAGCCUGAUCCUUUCUUAUUACCUGGGCCAGAUCACACCUGACAAGCUCAACUAUCACAAUCUCAAAGUCCAGGAAGUGGCUGCUACUCCUUUCUACCUAAGUAUUCAGCUCUUGUCACCAGUGUGUACUGGUGAAGACAUGUAUUCACUUAUGGUUUCCUUUCAGAAUUUUCUUAACACACUGCUAGGCUGUCUGGCAGAACAGACAGAACUAGGGGUGUUCUGACUUGGGAUACAAGCACAUCCCUACCUUUGCCUGAAUAUCUGAAGCCAGAAUGUUGGAUACAUUGUUACUGCCUAAACUGGAAGUGCGGUCACAUUAUAACAGCGUCACACUGCUUCCCUCGGCCUUUUUGCGGUGAGAACCAAAUCUGGAGCUGAACUCAUUCCAAGGCCAAAGAUGGAGGCAUUCACAGCAAAUAAAAAUCUAAAGGCUGAAGGCCAAGGAGCUUAUUAGGUGAAGGUAAAUUUAUUCUGAAAAAACCUUUUGCCUAGUAAAACCUAAGACUAAUUGAGCUGUAAAACCACAGUAGGCAAAGCAGGUUUAAAAAAAAAAAAGUUUGAAGUCACUUGCCUCCUGUCCCAUCCCUAGGACUCAGCCAGGCUCCUCUCCCCAGAAUAACACCAACAGGUAUUUGCUUACAUUUUGUUUCAAACCUGAAUUGGGAAGGCCUAGGUUUCUCCCAGUGUAAACAAUGUAAUUUAUCCUACGAACAAGCUCCUGCCUGAGUUUUAGUAGAUAAGAGUGGAAGGAAUGAAAUCAGUUAACAGGGCUUUGCAUUUUUCCUAAAUCUUUCCCUUUCACAGCUCCAGUUCACCUCCUACUCUCUUGAAAAUGUUGACAUUUUCCUUCUUUGGGAGUGACAAAAUGAAGAGACAUUCACAUUGUGGCAAAAGGUCUGAAAAUUCAGAGUUAUAAGAGCCAAUCAUAGAAGAGAUGAGUCAGAGCAGAGAGACUGGCAUGUUUGGCACAUGCCUACCAAGAAAAAACAGAGCAGUGAUUAAACAAGUCAAACACCCACAUCUAAUCAGCGUGUGGGAAAUUGCACAAGUAAAGAAACACAGAAUAGCUAAGCACAAUUAGCAAAACACUGUCAUUGGCUAAGACAGUUCUGUUUGUGGAUAAUCCUUAAUCAGUUCCAGCAGAAUGUUUCCAUCUAAGUCCCAAGUAACAUGGUUUAACUGAGUCACAACACAAAAAAUGUAGGAUGAUAUUAAGAACAAAAGGAAGCUGUUCUGGGUGGUUUAAAAGAUAUAUGGCUUUAAUUUUACAAUCCUCUUUUAGAUAUAUGCAUUGCUUUUAAGGCACAAUCCAAAAACCUUAACUGGAGAGGCUGAAUUGGUAUUGAUGCUACAUUCUUGUGAUACUUGCAGUGAAGCAUAAAGAGCAGAGCAGGUCUUCCUG